AUGUGGUGGUACUCGUCUUUCCACUAUGAUUAAACUACAGCAAACAUUUGCUUCACGCGAUAAAAAUUCGGUAAAUCAGACACUUAACUGUUCGAUAAAAAAUUGUUAUCAUUGGCAGGUUGGCUUUCGUUGAAUUCGAUUUACAACAAUAAAAUGAAGACCAUAGUAACAGUAGUACUACUUUUGUUAACAAGCCAAUGUGGAAGUUGUGCAAAAAUUUUGGGAGUUUUUACAGCACCAGGACGCAGCCACUACAUCCUUGGUAGUACUUUAAUGAAAGCCUUAGCUGAGAAAGGACACGAUGUCACCGUCAUCAGUUCUUUCGGUGAGAAGGAACCACCAAAAACCAAAGGUACUUACAGAGACAUAGUGGUCACGGAGCUUCUAGAAAACAUGAAAGAAAUGCUCAAAGGGCAAAAAAUGAAUAUGUUCGACCAGGACGACAUGAGUCCGUUCAUUGCAACCGCUUUCAUGGCGUACAUGAUGCCUAAAAUGAUGGAACCAGCGUUACGGGACAAGAGUGUCCAAAAUUUGAUUCACUCGAACGAAAAAUUCGAUGUUGUGAUUGUAGAACAAUUUAUGAAUGAUGCAGAAAAAGCAUUAGCGACUCAUUUUGGAGCACCUUUGAUAGUUGUGAGUUCCAUGGGGGCAAAUUAUUGGGUAAACUCGAUAGUCGGGAAUCCUGCUCCUGUGUCGUAUAUUCCGAUGAUGUCGACGGACUAUUCAAUCCCCUUGACGUUUUGUCAGCGAGUUCAAAACAGCCUUUUGUUUCUAAUUACGGAAGUACUUUUCAAAUUGUAUGUGUACCCGGCCGAAAACCAGAAGAUUAAAAAGUACAUCCCGAACGGACCUGAUAUUUCCGACGUACUUUACAAUGCUUCAAUUAUUUUGAUGAACUCUCACCCGAGUAUAAACCAACCCGUCCCGUACGUACCCAACAUGAUAGACGUAGGAGGGUUUCACGUCAAACCCCCAAAGAAACUCCCUCAAGACUUGCAGGAAUUUUUAGACAACGCGAAAGACGGUGCCAUCUAUUUCAGCAUGGGGUCUAAUUUGAAAAGUGCUGAGUUGCCACCGGAGAAAAGGGACGCAAUUCUGAGAGCGUUCUCGAAAUUGAAAGAAAAAGUUUUGUGGAAAUGGGAGGAGGACGUUCUGCCUGGGCAACCGCAGAAUAUCAAGUUGUCUAAAUGGCUGCCACAACAAAGCAUCCUGGCACAUCCAAAUGUCAAGCUUUUUAUCACCCAUGGAGGGCUAUUAAGUACCACCGAGACUGUCUACCAUGGGGUGCCUAUUUUAGCUAUUCCCAUAUUUGGGGAUCAAAAACAAAACGCGAAAGCUGCUGUUGACAAUGGCUUUGGUCGUAUGAUACCGUACAGUGAAAUUACCGAAGACAGGUUUACGCAAAAUAUUCAAGAAAUUUUGAAUAAUCCUAAAUAUAGAAGUAGUGCGAAAAAGAGGUCUGAAGCUUUCCACGACAGGCAGGUGAGUCCAAUGGAGACAGCGAUAUACUGGGUCGAGUAUGUGAUUCGUCAUAAAGGAGCACCACACCUGAGAGUUGCAGCUCUUGAUCUACCGUGGUACAAAUAUCACUUGUUGGAUGUGAUUAGUUUUCUAGUUUUAGUUAUUUCGGUUACUGCAUGUAUUUCCUACUAUUCAAUCAGAGCGGUUUGUAGAAAAGUUUGCAACAAACGGAAAAGUAAAAAGUUAAAACAAAACUAAUGUAACAGAAUAAUACAAAUUGUAAUCAAAUAAGUA